AUGCCGAUCCCCUAUCAUGUCGCCCCUUGGCCGGCUCGAGGGCGCAACCCAACAAGCACCCCGGCCUCACACCACCUCGAGGCGCCCAAGCGGCGAACUAGCCGGGCGGGCAACAUGCGGACGCCCGCUGGCUUUGCGGCGCGCCGGCGGAACCCAAACCAGGCCCCAAGGUCGGUGGUCAAACUGGCGAACCGCAGUCAACUGAGCUCAAACAUGCCUCCCCUCCUCCGGUAG